AUGGCUAACGAGCCUAUUAUCAUCAUUGGGGCUGGAGUGAGCGGCCUCGUACUUGCCCAGUACCUCCAGAAAGAGCAGGUCCCCUUCCACAUCUUUGAGCGAGAUACUGACCUGGAGACUCGUGGCGUCGGCUGGGGUUUGACUCUGCACUGGUCGCUGCCCGCACUUCGCAAGCUUCUCCCCGAUAAGCUGGUGGCCCGCCUUCCCGAGGCCUACGUUGACCGCGCUGCCGUCCAAAGUGGAGAUGUUUCAAGAUUUCCCUUCUUCGAUUUGAGCACGGGGGAACUCAUAACCCAGUCUCCUGCGCUCCCGGAAUGGCAGCGAAUCCGCGUAAGCCGUCAGAAGCUGCGAGAGCUUCUGGCCACAGGCUUGGAUAUCCAGUGGGGGAAGUCAUUCUCUGGCCUUCAGCAAGAUGGGCAGUCUGUUACCGCUCUAUUCGAGGAUGGCUCGUCCACCACAGGUCGACUUCUUGUAGCCUGUGAUGGCGCCCAGUCGCGAGUGAGAAAAGAGUUAUUCCCUGAACAGAAUAAUUUGCAUGAGAUACCGGUGCGAAUGAUUGGAGUCAAGCUACAUCCCUCGCCUGAGAAGGUACAGGUCUUACGGCGUCUCGAUCCCUUUUUCUUACAGGGAACGUGCUCCAAGAACGAUUCAUUUGUUUACCUCAGCUUACUGGAAGCACCCGAGGCCACUCAAGGUGAUGGCUCGGGGCGAUACGUCUACCAGAUGUGUAUUUCUUGGCCCUACCGUCCAGGCUUCCUCGGGAAUGAGUCGCCCCUUGACGUACCGGCAUCGCAAUCAGAGCGGUACCGACUUUUGCGACAGAUUGCAUCCACGUGGGCAGAGCAAUUUCAAUCUAUUGCAUACGAAUUUCCCGAGGGCGAAGAAAUAAAGGAUCUUGUGCCUCGUGAUUUCCCUCCCCCAAGAACGCUUCGUUCGAAGGGCCGUUCCGUUCUCAUGGGAGAUGCCAUUCAUGCCAUGGCAAUGUACCGAGGAGAAGGCGCCAACCACUCCAUUCUCGAUGUGGACGAUUUUGUCGAGGCUCUCGGGUCCAAGCUCAAAGAGUCGCUUAAGCUUGGAGACCUAAGAGCAUCGCUUGAUGUGUAUGAGAGCGCGGUCGUUGAUCGCGCCCGCCCAGGUGUCUUGGCUUCUCGUCAAGCUUGUCUAGACGCACACAAUUGGUCGCGCAUCAGCACGGAGAGCCCGUUGCUGACGAAGAGGGAAAUGAAACUCCAAUUUGAUGAGUCAAACAUGAUUGAACCAUAA